AUGCUCGGUUUCCGGGCCAAACUCUGCACACAGGACGCAAUGCUUCUGCUCAAGCAUGAAGUAAUGGACAGCAAGACCAAGGACAACACGGCAGUGCUGGGGCUGGACCUGCAGGGCGCGUUUGAUAACGUGCACCACUCGGCCAUCCUCAAGCAAGUGUCCCACCUUAACAUGGGAACAAGAUCCUUCAACUACAUCAAAGACUUUCUGAUGGACAGCACCGUACAAGUGAUAGCAGGGGACCUGCAGCUCCCACCCAAACAACUCGGGAGCACAGGCACGCCACAAGGAUCAGUGAUAUCCCCGCUGCUAUUCAACCUUGUAAUGAUCGGGGUUGCCAACAAGCUCAACACCAUACAGAACGUCAAAUACACCAUAUAUGCGGAUGAUAUUACGAUCUGGAAAACGCAAGGCAGCGACGGACAACUCGAGGCGGCGUUGCAAGAAGCGGUGUCAGCAGUCGAAGAUUACCUACAACACACGGGACUGAAAUGUUCACCGGCAAAAUCGGAAUUGAUGUUAAUCACCCCACGAGGCAAGCGCUUCAAGGAGCAACCCGUAAACAUCACAAUCAGGACGGGCGAUGGAGGAGAAAUCCCCAAAGUUAAAGCACUUAAUGUUCUGGGCCUCCGGCUCAGGGACAAGGGCAGCAACGAAAAGACCCUAGUGAAUGAAUUACAAACGAAGAUAGUACGAGCCGUCCGGCUCAUCAACAAGGUUGCCACAAGACAACAAGGCAUGAAAGAAGACAGCCUGCUGCGGUUAACACAGUCCUUUGUGAUUAGCCACGUUGCGUACGUGGCGUCCUAUCACAACUGGCGGGCGGACGAAAAGAAGACAAUUGACGCUGCCAUCCGCAAGGCAUACAAGAGCGCCAUAGGGCUAUACCAUCACACAAGCACGGAGCACAUGCUCGCUUUGGGCGUACACAAUACGCUCGAAGAGAUCAUGGAGGCCCAACGAACAGCGCAGUACCAUCGCCUAGCUCAAACCAGAACGGGGAGAGCCAUCCUGAACAGGAUAGGCAUGGAAAUACCACAUACCUCACCGAGGGAAGCGGCCGCCUUACCCCAAGACGUGAUGCGCAAGAUCCGGAUACCACCUGCACCAAGACACAUGCACCCGCAGAAUGACCAAGAGCGAAGAACGGCAAGAGCGGUGGCACUAACAAAGAGCCAUCGCAACGAUCCACACGCCUACUACGUGGACGUGGCCAAAUACCACAACGUGAAGAACGCCUAUACGGCGGCGGUCCUCAGAGCAAGCACCGGGGAACUCGUCUCCGCAGGAAGCAUACGGUGCAGAACACCAGCGCAGGCGGAAGAAUACGCCAUUGCACUGGCAAUGCACGCAACAGACUGUCGCACGAUAAUAAGCGAUUCAAAAACGGCGGUCACCAACAUUUCGCAAAACAGCGUAUACCCCACCACGGCAAGAGCGCUAACUUCAACAGCACAGAAUGGAAGACUGGCAACCAACGUCACCAUCAAGUGGUUCCCGGCACACGCUGGCAAGCUGGACGAGUCGGUUGGUCCAAACCGCAACGAGGAAGCAGACAGGGAGGCGCACGCGCUAACAAGACGCGGGCUCCCGUCAUCGCUCCCCGAUAUGCGCGAAGCAGACCCGACAGAAGCCACGGCCGAGAACGAGAACAGCGAAGAGUUUGCCAUCACCAAGUACGGAGAAGUCCUGCAGUGGUACAGGGCAAGCCGUAACAAGUAUCCACCACCUCAUCGGGACCUAACACGCAAGGAAGCGACCACCUUCCGACAGUUACAAGCAAGAGCAAUUUGGACUCCGGUAUGGGCGAAACACGUCUGUCCGGAAAUAUAUCACACGGACACGUGCCAACGGUGUAAGAAGGCACGGGCCACCCAGAGCCAUAUACUCUGGGAAUGCUCGCCUCCCGCACCCAACACCCAAGACAUCGAGAUGCCAGACAAGAUCGGCAACAACAUUACCAGCACAGACCUCGAGACUGAACGGGCCGUCGUCCAGCACGUCCUCGAGCUCCUAGACCGGCAGAAACCCGAAACGUCGUCUCGCUCGCGGGGCAACGGAUAA